AACAUCGAGAAAAGCUAAGCGAGCAAAUGCUUCGCCUCCCUUAUAAAAUCAAUUCUCUCAGAAUCCAUGCCUCAUGAUCUCACUCCUAAGAACUAAGCUGCCAUUAUCACCGCAUCACCACCCAUUCCUUUCACUCAUGGAUUCUUGUGGAUCAAACGCAAACAGGCUUAUCACUUUAGCCCAGCAACUCCGCCUCUACAAGCCACCAUCUCCGUCCCCAGACGAAAUUGAAGAGCAAACCAUUGAGGAAACUGCAGGGAAAGUUGUCUCCCAGCUGGGUUUUCAGGAAUCAGCAACCCCAAUUCCUAAGGACCCUCAAAGGUUUAGUCCCAAGAGAGCAGCCGUUUUGGUCUGCAUUUUUGAAGGUGAUGCUGGUGAUUUUCGUGUCAUUUUGACUAAGAGGUCAUCGCGAUUAUCUACUCACUCAGGUGAAGUUUCAUUGCCUGGUGGGAAAGCUGAGGAGGGUGAUAAGGAUGAUGGUGACACAGCAACAAGGGAGGCAAAGGAAGAAAUUGGGUUGGAUCCUGCACUUGUUGAUAUUGUUACUGUUAUGGAACCAUUUUUGUCCAAGCAUCUGCUGAGAGUAAUUCCUGUUAUAGGCAUAUUACGUGAUAAGAAAGCAUUCAACCCCACUCCAAAUCCUGCUGAAGUUGAAUCAGUAUUUGAUGCUCCAUUGGAAAUGUUCAUUAAGGAUGAAAAUCGAAGAGUAGAAGAGAGAGAAUGGCUGGGAGAAAAGUAUCUGAUUCAUUUCUUUGACUAUGAAACAGAGAAGAAGAAGUUUCUGAUAUGGGGUUUGACGGCUGGGAUUUUGAUUAGAGCUGCAUCAGUGGUCUACCAGAAGCCACCAGCUUUUAUGGAACAGAAUCCCAAGUUCAGAUUCCCUAGAGAUGUAAACAGUAAUACUGUGAUGCGUUGAAGAAUUAUGGAAAUAUUUGUUGGGUUGUAGUCCAAAUAAUGAAGCUGCUUAUAUAAAAUCCACAAGUUAAAAUAAUUAUUCAGGCAAGUUUGAUGUAUUCAAAAUAAUUAUUCAGAAUUCUGAACCAUGAUUCGUAUGUAGGCAUAGCACGUCAUACCUUUUAGGUAAACUGUAAACUGACAGGACAAGUUAGUUAUGUACAUUCAAGAUUCUGAAACGGAUUAACUCUGGAAUAGACUUUUUCUCCUGGAAGCUAUUUUGGUGUA